AUGUAUUACAAGGUCAUGGACUCUCCUAACGCGUCUCGAAAGCCGUCUGUUCAGGUCCAGGCUCAGUUCGACGCCACGGCGACUAACACUGCUUCCCACGGGCGUUUUGGCUCGGGAACGAUGAAUCUCGGUACAGUAGAUACUGGGGCCAAUCCCCUUGUGUCGUCGAAGCUUGGAAAUAUCCAAAACACCUCGAUGAUCGACGAUGGUGCUUCGUUGGGGAAGAAGCCGAAGCUUGAACAGGCCGGUUCUUCGAUUCCCUCCUUCAACCAGCAAUCCGUUAUGGAUCAAAUUCUUGCAAAGCUGUCCCCAAAGGAUCCUACGGCUGGCUCCUCUGCCGGCAAUGCGGCCACCAAAGUUUCUGAUACCCUUCCCCGUUUGGCAAAACAACCCUCUGGAGAAAAUAUUUCCCCUCUUGUAACCCAAGGAGAAUCUUCUACUACAUUUGGAGGAGUUCUCCCAUCCCAAAUGGCUGACCAGCCUACUAUGAAUGCCUGGCAGAAUGCUUUCAACUCUGGAAAGGGCAUGGAUACUCAGGAGAUGCUUCGCUUGCAACAAGAACUGGAAGCUGCGAACUCUCGUAUUGCCUUGCAGGAGCAAGAGCUAGCCCAAACCCGGGUUAUCAAACAUACACUUGACCAAGCUAUGGGGCCACCGUCUGAAGUUGACUUCGGUGGUCGUGAAAUCACGGAACAGACCAUCAGCAGCUUGCAGAAUGCCUUCAAUGCCUCUACUCGUCCAUUCAACCAGCGUCAAGACCAGUGGACGAUGCAAGAUGAUGCUCGUUCUGACAUCUCAGAUGCCUUAUCCGCUGGAGGAUAUAAUAGAGCCCGCGGUCUCUGGAAUGCAAACUCCCAGCCACAGGUGAAUGGCUUUGGCAACGCUGACAAGGGCCAUCGUGAUUUCGCGUUGCAUGACGCCAAUGUCAACCCUGAUGUCAGUCGUAAUUGGGGAAACCGUACUAGCCAGCAAGGAUUCAACUCUCAGCCUGGAUUUCCUCAUAACCAACGUAUGUUUCCUGGACACGGAAGUCCACCCUACGGGUUCGACAACCGCUACUCAGCCGAACAAGUUCCCCAACUUCAGGGGCCAACCAAUCGUCGUGCUACUCAAGCAAACCGUGGAGCUUCGUGCUUUCCACCUCAGACCUCACCAUGGGGUACAUUCUCACCACCAUUAGCUCCUGCUACCACUCUUCCCAGGCCAGCUAGCCAGCAACAAGUUGGAGCAUUCCAACCACAGAAUGUGUUCCCUAGUGUCAACACCUACCAGCCUCGUCCAAUUGGCACACCUCUAUCCCCAAUGGCUGCAGAGUUCACCGCGUUCUCAGCUACCCCUGGAUCUUGGGCACCUUCGACUGCUUCUGGGGUUGGUUCGACCUACGUGUCUCCACUUGAGCCUCUGAACUAUCGUCGUCUUCUAGACAAGAGCGUUUCUUGCGACUGGAAGUAUAUCGUGGACAAGAUUGUUUGUAACAAUGAUCAGCAGGCGUCCAUCUUCCUUCAACAAAAGUUGAAGGUUGGCACUUCCGAACAAAAGUACGAAAUCAUCGAAGCUAUCGCCAACCAGGCCUACCCAUUGAUGAUCAAUCGCUUUGGCAAUUUCCUCGUCCAGCGCUGCUUUGAGCAUGGCACUUCCGAGCAAGUUAUCGCUAUUGCUAAUGCAGUUCGUGGCAACACCCUGAGCCUAAGCAUGGACCCUUUUGGCUGCCAUGUUAUCCAGAAAGCGUUUGACUGCGUUCCAGAGGAACACAAAGCUGUUAUGGUCCAUGAGCUCCUUCGUCGUAUCCCUGAAACAGUAAUCCAUAGAUAUGCUUGUCAUGUGUGGCAGAAACUUUUUGAACUCCGUUGGAGUGGUGAACCACCACAGAUUAUGGCUAAAGUCAACGAAGCGCUUAGAGGCAUGUGGCAUGAGGUUGCCUUGGGAGAAACUGGAAGUCUUGUCGUUCAGAAUAUUUUUGAAAAUUGUGUCGAGGAUGAAAAGCGUCAAGCCAUUGAAGAAGUUCUUGCGAAAAUUGACCUCCUAGCCCAUGGCCAGUUUGGUAAUUGGUGCAUUCAGCACAUCUGUGAACAUGGGGCGCCACCUGACAAGAGCCGUGCUAUUGAACAUAUUCUUGCCUGGGCCACUGAUUAUAGCAUGGACCAGUUUGCUUCUAAAGUGGUUGAGAAGUGCUUGAAGAUUGGUGGUGCAGAAUUCCUUGACAGGUACCUCGCGAGAGUCUGUACUGGCCGUCCAGACCGCCCCCGUAUGCCCUUGAUCGAUAUUGCUGGGGAUCAAUAUGGAAACUACUUGAUUCAAUGGAUCCUUCUCAACGCCGGGAACCAGCACCGUGAACUGGUCGCGGGCCAUAUACGUAAACAUAUGGUCUCUCUCCGAGGCUCUAAGUUUGGAUCUCGUGUUGCCAUGCUCUGCUGCAACCCAAACCACGUUACUCGCCCUGGACCAGGAGCAGGUAUCCAGAUUAGCCGCUUCAACUCCCCAUCUGAGGAACGUGCUCCUAGCGCCAUUACUGGAGCCAGAUUCAACCGCAGCUCUCAGUGGACUAGCAACUACCCUCCAUUUCGUUGA